AUCACGUCGAUCUAUCAGUUCUCUUCUUCUUCUCCUGUGCAGAGAGACGCCCGCCGGGUUUUUUUAUUUAUACACAUCAUCUAUACGGGAAAAGAAACUCGUCGAGGUCGUGAUCUCAGCUCCAUCCGGCGGAAGACACCGCUAGAAUGGGUGUUUUUCCUCCAAGUGGACUUUAUAUCAGUUUUGGCCGAUUUUGAUAUAAAAAAAACUCGCACACUCCCAUCAUCGACGCCCCGCUAGCUGCCGUUACUUAUCGCUGCUGAGCUGCUGCUGGUGUCGCGGCGGUCAACCUCAGACGAGGGAUAUAUAAGGAUUCUUAUUGGGAGCCGGUCCUGAGCUGCAAACAUGUCUGGGGCGUCUGUCAAAGUCGCCGUUCGAGUUCGGCCCUUCAACUCCAGGGAGACGGGCAAGGAUUCAAAAUGUAUUAUUCAGAUGCAAGGCAACACCACAACUAUUCUCAACCCCAAAGCCCCAAAGGAACCAGCAAAGACGUUCAGUUUCGAUUACUCCUACUGGUCACACACUACGCCUGAAGACCCCAGCUUUGCGUCACAGAACCGCGUGUUCAACGAUAUUGGCAAAGAAAUGCUGCAGCACGCUUUUGAGGGCUACAAUGUUUGCAUCUUUGCUUACGGCCAGACAGGAUCUGGCAAAUCCUACACAAUGAUGGGCAAGCAGGAGGAGGGCCAGGAAGGAAUCAUUCCCAUGCUUUGUGAAGAUCUAUUUGAUAAAAUCAAUGACAGCAACAACAAAGAAGAGCUCUCUUACUCAGUGGAGGUCAGUUACAUGGAGAUCUACUGUGAACGGGUACGAGACUUGCUCAAUCCCAAAAACAAAGGGAACCUACGUGUGCGAGAACACCCUCUGCUUGGCCCCUACGUGGAGGACCUGUCCAAGCUGGCCGUCACCUCCUACACAGACAUCGCUGACCUGAUGGAUGCAGGCAACAAGGCCAGAACUGUGGCCGCCACCAACAUGAAUGAAACCAGCAGCAGGUCCCACGCUGUUUUCACCAUCGUCUUCACACAGAAGAAACACGAUAGUGAGACAGACCUCUCCACAGAAAAGGUCAGUAAAAUUAGUCUGGUAGACUUGGCGGGUAGCGAACGAGCAGAUUCCACUGGAGCUACAGGCACCAGGCUAAAGGAGGGAGCAAACAUCAACAAAUCUCUCACCACGUUAGGGAAGGUAAUCUCUGCCUUGGCUGAAGUGAGCAAGAAGAAGAAGAAGAGUGACUUCAUCCCCUACAGAGACUCUGUUCUGACAUGGCUGCUGAGGGAGAAUCUGGGUGGAAACUCCAGAACAGCUAUGGUAGCCGCCCUCAGUCCUGCAGAUAUCAACUAUGACGAAACUCUCAGCACACUUCGCUAUGCCGACCGAGCCAAGAACAUCAAGUGCAAUGCUAUCAUCAAUGAGGAUCCCAACAACAAGCUGGUGCGUGAUCUGAAGGAUGAAGUGACUCGACUGAAGGAGCUGCUCCGCGCCCAGGGCCUGGGAGACAUCCUGGACAUUGAUCCUAUGGGGGAUGAUUGCCCGGGAAGUGGAAUCAAAUCCCCUAUUGGUUCCCUGACAGCCUCUCCAUCCUCUGGCUCACUGUGCGGCCAGGUGGGCCUGCAGUCGGUCACCAGCAUCCAGGAGCGCAUCAUGUCCACACCUGGAGGAGAGGAAGCCAUUGAAAGACUGAAGGAAUCGGAGAAGAUCAUUGCAGAGCUCAAUGAAACCUGGGAAGAGAAACUGAGAAAGACUGAGGCGAUCCGCAUGGAGAGGGAGGCCUUGCUUGCAGAGAUGGGUGUUGCAAUCCGCGAAGAUGGAGGCACUUUGGGCGUCUUCUCUCCUAAAAAGACUCCACAUCUGGUUAACCUGAACGAGGAUCCUCUCAUGUCAGAGUGUCUGCUCUACUACAUCAAAGAUGGAAUUACAAGGGUGGGUCAGGCCGACACUGAGAGACGACAGGACAUUGUUUUAAGUGGUGCUCAUAUCAAGGAAGAGCAUUGCAUCUUCCGCAGCGAGAGGAAUGCCAAUGGAAAUGUUGUCGUCAUGCUGGUACCCUGUGAGGGAUCGGAAACCUACGUCAACGGCAAGCGUGUUGUAAAUGCAAUCCAGCUUCGUUCAGGUAACCGUAUCAUUAUGGGAAAGAACCAUGUGUUCCGGUUCAACCACCCAGAACAGGCCAGAGCUGAGAGGGAGAAGACGCCAACUGCUGAAACCCCAGUGGAGCCUGUGGAUUGGACCUUUGCUCAGAGAGAACUUCUCGAAAAACAGGGCAUCGACAUGAAGCAGGAAAUGGAGAAAAGGCUCACUGAGAUGGAGAUCUUGUACAAGAAGGAGAAGGAAGAAGCAGACCAACUUCUGGAGCAACAGCGACUGGAUGGAGACUCUGAUAGUGGGGAUGACUCAGAUAAGAGGUCUUGUGAGGAGAGCUGGAGACUGAUCACUUCCCUGAGGGAAAAGCUGCCCCCCAGCAAGCUGCAGUCUAUCGUGAGAAAGUGUGGAUUACCCAGCAGCGGGAAGAUAAGAGAGCCCGUUAAAAUGUACCAAGUUCCACAGCGGCGCCGCAUCACCAAGGACUCCAAAUGGGUGACCAUCUCUGACCUGAAGAUCCAGGCGGUCAAAGAAAUCUGCUAUGAAGUAGCGCUCAAUGAUUUCCGCCAAACACGGCAAGAAAUCGAGGCUCUGGCUAUUGUAAAGAUGAAGGAGCUUUGUGCUAGCUACAUGAAGAAGGACCCUAACGAGCGGGACUCGUGGAGGGCAGUGGCUCGGGAUGUUUGGGACACUGUCGGAGUUGGCGAUGAGCGCAUUGAUGACGUCAUCACCAAUGGGACUCGAGCAGGAGGGGCUGUUAUGGAUGAACUAAAAGUGCACAUUGAUAAACUUGAGGACAUCUUGCACGAGGUGAAGAAACAGAAUAAUAUGAAGGACGACGAGAUCCGUUCUCUCAGGAACAAGAUGGUUAAAAUGGAAAAGGUCCUUCCGCUCAUUACCCCAGAGGGACAGGAAAAGCCUCCCAGCGUUGCCGCACCUAUUUGCGCAGCCAGAACACCAAGCCCAAUUGAGGGAAAACCUCCAGUCCCACAAAAACCUGAUGUGGAGGAAGCAGAUUUGCAAAUGGGCCAAAGUCUAGGAGAUGACUCAACCCUAAAGCGAGGCCACAUGCGCUGGAUGCGUCAAGAGCAGUUGCGCCUUAAGGGCCUUCAGCAACAAGAGAUCUCCAAGCAGCUCCGCCGGCAAACCGGACCACAUCGCUUUAUACCACCAGAGGAUCGCAAGCUGCGUUUUCCCUUCAGAAGUAACCCUAAGCACCGCAACUCAUGGAGCCCCGGUACUCACAUCAUUAUCACAGAUCAGCAGGUCAUUGAGCUAAAGGUGCCCAAAGAAGCUGUAGAGGAAGAGGAAGGAGAAGCCCAGGUGGUAGAAGGAGCACAAUCUAGAGAAAAGAUGGCUGCUGCAGUUGUCCAAGUCACUCCUCCAUUGCCUAGUCCAUCAGUCCAGCACAGGAGCAGAGACUUGGAGCAAGGUUUAAGCCAGGGUCACAGACAUAACUAUAGGAACAACCAACAUCAGCAGUCCCAUGAACGUGGCCGCAGCAACUCUUUUAAUCACCGCCAGCGGCCCUCUGGCUCCAUGGAGUCACUGCAGCAGCCUGAAAGCAACAGGAGGCACAGCCAGGUGUUCUACCAGCCCCGCCAGCACCAGAACCACCCAGUACAUCCCCAGCCACACCAUCAGCAGCAGCCGUUCCACUACAAUGGUGUGAUGUAUACAGAUAGUGGCUUUGGUGGCUACCAGCAGUACCAUCACACUGACCAUCCUAACCAUCCAAUCAGCUUCCAGGCCCCUCCUCGAAUGCGCAGGCAGAUGUCUGUCCCUGAUCUAAAAGCCAGCAGAGAGACAACAGUCUGAGUAAAUGAGGAACCCGUUUCAAAUACUUUAAAUAGGCAAACACAUUACAGAUCACAACAGCUCAGAGUCAUGUGAACAGCUGAAACUGACUGUCACCGUUGAACUUGAUCAGCGUGUUAUUGGUUGAUCCAAAAAUAUUGUAUGUAUUAUAGACAUUUUAUCACCUUUACCAUAAUAUAUGCCGUUUUAUCAGUUUUUGCUGCAUCGUGUGGCGCCAUCAUCACUAGCAUUAGGAGAACUGUCAUAAGGAACUGAAGCCUAUAGAUAAUAAGGGGAUUUUUUCCCCCCAGAAGAGACCUGUCAUCCCACCUCGUUUAUUUUUCAGCAUGUGUGACAUUUCAUCAAUCAUGCUUUGAUUUGCCAAAAUUGUCUUCAUGGUUGAAUUUCUGAGUUUACAUUGUCAUUUUAGUAUUGAUUGGUCAUGAAUGUUUUCAGCCAUUGCCGUUUGAGCACAUUUACGUGUUUCAAUUUCAUCAAUACGUUGUUAUUGCAGCCCAAAUUACAAUUGAAAACAAACAGUUAUUGACGACUGUAGUAGUGGUCAAAGAAAGUGCUUUUCAAAAAGUGCCUUUUCAUGCUCUAACUAUAUUAAACCUGCUGUACAUUUACAGCUCAGUAUUUUUUUUACCUUCAUUUUUAAUCUAUUGCCUAUGCACAAGGUUUGAGCUAAAUGCUGUAAUGUAACCUUUAUAUCUAACUUAACCCAAACUUACUUCACUUUUUAGUAAUAACAUUCUGCCUUAUUCAAAUUCUUAGUAAGUCCAUUGAUUGCUUGAUCCCAAACUACUUUCUUCUUUCUUCUCAAAUUUAUUUUGAAUAUGUAACUGCCACAUUAAUUGUAUUACAGUAUUUUUGCACUUCCUCAAGUCACAAAUAUUCUGUAUAAUCAGUAAAUGAAUACUAUACUUUUAAUGUUUAGCAAUGAGUUACUUAAUUAAGUAUUUUUAACAACCCUUACACACUACUCACAUUUUUUAUUAUUACCUAUUCCUCUACAGGAUGUUAUCAUCAAUAAUCAAUGUUUGAUUGAAUCCGGAUUUUUAGACACUUUCAAAUUUAAGAACCUAUAUGCUGAACUGACGGGAGAAAGACCUAACUAUAAGUCAAGAAACAUACAAUUAUAUGUUUUGAAAACCUCUCUAUAAGCAGUCCAGAAUAUUUAGAAUUGUUCCCCCUUCUCUUCCUGUAAAAACAGACCAUAAGCUGAUUUUAUAUUUCAUGCUGUAUAAAACUAAAUGCUGGGUUCCUGGCUGACUGAGUAAGAACAGAGUUCACCGUGUUUUGGAUGAAUGUCCUGCAGAGUGUUGCCAUGGUUCCCAAAGACUCGCCUUGAAAAUGUUGGAGGAAGGACAAAGACUUGAAGUAUUUGCAUAAUGUUAUUUGGGACAAAUAUCCAUGUCAAAUGAAAUAUUGAGAACUGCCUUGUUGUUUUCACUGCAUCACAUGCGGCUCAGUCAUGUAACCUAGAUGGAUCUGUGGUUUAUGAAAUCAGUUGUCCUUGUGAUUUAUUUUUUAUUUUUUAUUGAUUUGAAUGAGCAGCAAGUCGGCUUGCCAAUCUGUCUUUUCCUUGCUGCAGUUUUAGCUUUAAGAGAAUCCGUUAACUUUAACAUUUCACUACCAGAUGGCCUUCGCAUCAUCUUAGAGAAACAGUGACACUCGGCAGCGUGGAAGAACUUUUUGAGGACAAAAUGUUCAACUUGGCUUCGGAAUGAUGGAAUUAUUUUCUGUUCAUCUUUCCGAUGCAGUUGCUGAUGUGAAGAUGUCGUUUAAGUUUUGGACAGUAUAUAUUCUGCCUUAUUUUGCUGUAACAAAAACCAAAAUGAUUUGAUGACAGUUUCUCCACACUACACCUCAUGGUUUCAUGACUAUCUUUGCAUGCAAUCGCUUCCAUUUCUCCAGCUCUGAUAAAUGCUCCAUUACAGAAUGUUAUUUAAUGUAUGCACUGUUGCUGACAGUGACCAGGUAAGCUGGAAAGAAUACAACAUCACACAGACAAUGUACCUGAAACUGUUUUUGUGAAAUAUACAUAUAUACAGGUUGUCUGUGUUAGGUCUCCGUUUUAAGUGUCUGAGUGUUGUGCGUCUUCUUUUUGAAUCUGCAGUAUCCAGUGCCUCAUUGUGGCUGCUUACCACCAAGUUGUGUUGCUUCCUUAAUCAAGCACUUUGCGCGAACAUACACUACAAAUCGGAAUAGUAUUUUAAAAGAGAAAUAUACUGACUCGCUGUGAUUUAUUUUUCAAGUAUGAGUGAAAUAAAAUGCUCCAAGUGCAUUUAUCGGUUA